AUGGCAGUACAUUUUGAAAAAUUAAAAAAUAUUAUUACACCAAAAACUAAAUUAAAUAUAAGUAAUGUGUUUUUAAGUCCAGAAGUGGGAUUCAAAAUAAUACAUAAUUGUGUUACCAAAGAAUUAAGAGUGACAAUUAUAGGUGCUAGACAUUUACCAAGUUUAUAUGGUUUAAAUAGUGUCCAUGGAUAUGUUAUUAAGGUAAAAAUUUUCCCUGGAAAAAUGAAAUACGAAACACAAAUGCGGAAAGAAUCAUGGCCAGUGUACAACGAAGAAUUUCUAUUCCAUUUAGAUUCAGCUAGUGUGAAUGCUGACGAACAAAUUAGUGGUAAAUUUUUGGUACUAACAGCAUAUGCAAUUUUAGAAAAUCAAGAUUCAUCAAAAGAUACCAAAGAUCAAAGUGUUGAAAUAAAAAAUGAUACAUUUAAACGAAAAUAUCAACGAAAAAUUUCAAAAUUAUUAGAAUAUAAUAAGACUGAUAACUCAUCAACAGUGCAGCAGCCGUCAAAAAACGGUAAUCAACCAUCAAAACGUUUAGAUAAUAAAGCGAAACAAAUUGAUAAUCCAAUGACAUUUGAAAAACGACGUACUAUUGGCAGCGUCACUUAUUCAAUUCAAUUUAAUCAAUUCGACAAACAAUCAAAUUUUUCAAGAACAACCGGAGAAAUUUGGAAAAAUUUACAAGAUUUAAAUUCUUCACCGGGCGGUGCUUCACCAGAGGGACUCAAAACACUAAAUCCAUCAGUAAGAAAAGGUGACAUAGAAGUUGGUUUGUUAUAUAUAAAAUCAGAGGACGGCGAAAAAUGUUUAUUUACAUUAUCUUUACUGAGGAUGAGAUGCAGUUUACAAAUAAUGCAGCAACAUGAACAAUUAAACGGAUAUUUAUAUAUAAAAUUACGAAUAAUUAAGGAUGGACAAAUUACAGAAAAAGGAAAAACUGAACAAUUUACUCCGUCAAUUAGUCAUAAAUUCGACCCAAAAUCAUCAAACAUUAAAGCAACUAUCCCCAUAAUUAAUUUGGAAAAUAUAUCCUUUCAAAUCAUUUUAAUGAGUAAAACUAGACAUGGAAAGAAAACGGAUUUAGGUCAAAUUCUACUUACGUCAAAAAGUAAAUCCACAUAUUUAAAACAAUGGGAAGAAGCACUAGAACAUCCAAAUGAAGUCAUUACUAUGUGGCAAAAACUUGAAUAAAUUAUUCAGUAUUUUCAUUGUGAUAA